UUAAAUGAGGGAAUAUUUAUUUAAAAGCUGACGAGUCGAGUCCAAUAGAGGAGACUGGAGGCUAAAAAAAAAAACUAAAUCGGGUAACGGGUUAGCCUUAACGGGUCAAUAUCCGCUCAACCCGAACCUGCGCCAUUUAAAUGGACGCAAAAAACGCCCAGAAAAAUCUCCGAAUCGAACCCCGCGAACUCCCGAGCUGGAAGAAGAAAGGAGAAGCUCCGGCAAAGCAGGGCCGUUGGUCUGAAAUCAGCCGGCCAACAUGAUCGACGGAGUCUCAAAGAUUCCGAUGCCGGAGAGAUCGGCGGCGGCGGCGGCGGCGGCGGCGGCGGUAGUGGCGAAGAAGGCACCUAAGAAGAGUAAGAGAUUGGGGGAGGUGGCCGGCGGCGCAGCGGCGGGGUGCGCGGCGGUGUUGUGUUGCUGUCCCUGUGGUCUCAUCGGCUUGAUAUUACUCACGGCGGCUAGUGUUCCUGCUGAGAUCGGACGCCGUAUAGCGCGGAAGAGGAAGCAACGGGCAGUUUCCGGGCUGCUGGGCCCAGCACAGAAAUCCCUUAAUAGCGUCGCCCCCGCUUCGAUGACGGCGGAGAAGACGGGGUUGGUGUGGCCAGAGAAAUCGCCGGCGGUGGAGGUGUCGGAAAUGGAGGAGAAGAUGUGUGCUCAAUUCUCUGGGACUGGAUUUUGGAGAAGUCCUUCCCAAAGAGAGUGAUCGAACUCUCUCGGUAUCUGUUCUUUGUCUUGGCACUGCUAAAAAAAGGAAGGAGGAAAGGUAGGGUAAUUAUUUGAGAAAAAAAUGGCAUUUUUAACUUUGUCGGUUUGUCCUUUUUCACUGUGAUGAAAAUUUUACAGUUGCAGUUGAAAAGCGCUUUUUUCUCAUUCCUAAAUGCGGUUGGGUUGCUUUCUGUUCUCAAUGUUGAGGAC